GCUGGGUGACAUCAUUUUGCAGAAGGCGCCGCAGUGCACGAUGGGAGCUGCGGGGAAGGAGCCGAGCCCCCCCCCCCCCGCCCUCACGUUUGCUGCGAUGUGGCCAAUGAGAGGCCAGCGGCCGUGCCGGCCAAUGGGACGCCUCGUAAAUGAUGUCAUAUAGCAGCUGCUGUGGUCCUGAUGCUGCGGAGGCGCACAUCAUCUUCAUUCUCAUCUUCAUCUUCACAGCUAAGGGCGACAUUACAGCUGCCCACAGAGAGAAGUUGCGAGAACUCCCCCUCGUGUCCUUAUUGUGCUCCUGUCUUGUCCAGAAAGCCCCCGACGCCACCGCUGCCAGUGCCGAGAAGGAAGGUACGGUGGACCUGAAGCUGGGCGCCAUCCGCCACCUGGAGGUGAGCGGGCAUGCGAGCGGCCGGGCCUUCCAGGUCAUCCUCAAGCCGCCCAGCUUCAACGACGCGCCGCCAAAGGCCAUUGCGCCGCCUCGUCGCAAACCGUCGCCGGGGGAAGUCCGGAACGAGCGGGACGCCGCCCACCACACGGGAAGGUGUCAGGAGGCGGAGCUUCUCAAGCACUUGGCAGGGAUAAGGGAACCCGAACGGCAGGUCGCCGACAAGCUCAGCGAAGACGUCAGCAAAGACGUCAAACCCUUGGCGGAGAAAAUGGUGAGCACCGAGGUUGAAGGAAGACUGCUGAUACCACCUUAUGGAACAGCGGGCGUAUGGUCUGGUAUCAGAGUGAGAGAGGUGAAGUCCUCUGCCUGCUCAAGCCCAACCUCUUAGCCCAAUUUCAAAAGUUGUUUGUCCUUGAAAACGGUCCUUCUCUGUCCUCUAUGGGCCACACGGUUGAGUUCUCGUCAGAACGAUGGACUCCGGUAAAUAUUGUCCAGUUUUGGUUUGAGCUGGACGUCCGUGUGCAAAUGUUCGCGUCCGCCCACUCGGCAGAUGGCGUAGCUCCGUGCCGGCACGCUGACGCUCGUUCCGAUCGGCAGGCGCCUUGACGACGCGUACGAUCGCAACACCGGCUCAAUUUCAAGCGUCCGCUUCGGGUGGGACAAAGACGAGCGUUUCCGAACGCGAGUCACUCCAAGAAGAGGAAGUGAGACCGACGCACCCUGGGUGGCAACGGCGCUUCUGUGGGACGGCGGUCACUGUUGUCACCUGCUGCCAACAGAGGGCGUGACGGCAAAGUCGACCUUGCUUCUAUUUGUGAAUAAAGACGUGAA